AUGAUGAAGAAACAAUUGGUUGUCGCAAUUUUGUUAGUUGUUAUGUUCGUUGUAAUCUUGGACGCUACGCAAGUUGAAGCCAUGAGGCCUUUCCCCGACACCGUCGAUGAGAUCAGGCUUCUGUUUCAGGCUCUACAAAGAGGUCCGGUCCGAGGCUCUGGUCGGAACGGUUGCACCAAUAUACCUCGCGGUUCAGGCAGAUGCCAUAACUAA